CUUCCUGCCGAGACCGAGACCGGCCGGUCGGGGCGCGGGAACACCUCGCUUUCCGGCAGUGAUCCGACCACUCACCCUCCCCGGCCACCACUAACCGUCUAACCCAUUUAUAACCAAGCAAGAAGCCACUAGCUAGCUUCAAACCGCAUCAACGACACGCGCAACCGCCCGGCAACAAAGAAAGCUCCACGGAUUCGCGAUCCAUGGCCGCCGCCGGCUUGAGCGGUGGUCUCGGCGCAACGGACGGCGCCGGCGCCGAGGCGGGGACGACGGCGACGGCCAUCGAGGACCUCCCCCCGGACGUCCUGGCGCUCGUGCUCCGCCGCCUCGACGGCGCGUCGCUGGCCGCCGUCGGGUGCGCGUGCUCCGGCCUCCGCGCCCUCGCCGCCGACCCGGCCACCUGGCGCGCGCUCUGCCUCGCCAUGUGGCCCUCCGUCCGCGGCGUCCCGUCGUUCUGCGGCGGCGGGCACCGGGCGCUCUUCGCCGACGCCUUCCCGUUCCCGCCGCCGCGGGCCCUGCCGGCGCGCCUCGUCUCGGCCGUGGACCUCCACCACGGCGGCCCCUGCAUCCUGUCCCGCGUCGUGGAGACGGACGCCGCCUCGGGCUGGUUCCUCGGCUCCCCGUUCCGCGUCGACGCGCUCGUGCAGGAGGGCUUCUCGGCGCCGACGCCCGUCGCGCCCGCGGACCUGGCGCUCAGCUGGAUCCUCGUCGACCCGGCGACCGGCCGCGCCGUGAACGCGUCCAGCCGCCGCCCCGUCUCCGUCGACCGCAAGUGGCUCACGGGGGACGCCGUGGCGCGGUUCGCCGUCGCGCUCGGCGGCGGCGUGGCCCUGGAGGCCGCCGUCGUCUGCGACGAGCGCUACGGCUACGUCCGGGAGGUGAGCCUGUGCGCGGAGGACGGCGACGGCGGCGGGGUCAGCGGCCGGGACGCGCUGGCCGCGGUCGCCGCGGCCAUGGCGGGAGUCAGGCGGGGCCACCGCGGCGCGGAGGGCGAGGCCAGGCUGCGGUACGAGGAGUUCGUCGGGGGGAAGCGGGCGCGCAAGGAGUGGAAGGCCAGGCGGGAGGGCAUGCUCGACCUCUGCUGCUCCGGCGUCGGCGCGGCGGCGUUCCUCGGCUUCCUCGUCAUGCUCACGCUCCGGUGACACGUCCGCCGCGCCCGGGGGAGCAGCCUCAUGGCGUUGACUUGUACAGGGGAUGUAAAUUUGAUUGUGCUGUAGGUUAUACGGUCGGCUGUCAACAACGAAAUGUACAGCUGAAAGUUCCCAUCAGAUAGUGGUAUUCUUUUGCCGCUAUUAAUUUUGCAGAAAGCAAAGUUUAAGAAAAGGAAACUUGCUAUUA